GUGGGUGCUGGCCCCACCCCAGACUCUGGCUCCGCCCCCUUGUCGAGGCUUUUCUAAAGGGUCACGUUGCGCUGCAGCACAGAAACAGGAGACCGCCCCGCAUCCUCCGCACCGCACGCAGCAGCACUCCAGCUCAGCUCUGUCCGCUCAGACAUCCUCCAGCAGCCGCCAUGACUCACCAGUAUCCCGCACUGACUCCUGAGCAGAAGAAGGAGCUGCAGGACAUCGCUCUCAGGAUAGUCGCUCCAGGGAAAGGCAUCCUCGCUGCCGAUGAGUCCACCGGGAGCAUGGCGAAACGUUUGAACCCCAUCGGGGUUGAGAACACAGAGGAGAACAGGCGUCGCUACCGCCAGCUGCUCUUCACAGCCGACCAGCGCAUCGACAGCUGCAUCGGAGGGGUCAUCUUCUUCCACGAAACCCUCUACCAGAGCACGGACGACGGCACCUCCUUCGCCAAGCUCAUCAAAGACCGCGGCAUCGUCGUUGGCAUCAAGGUCGACAAAGGUGUUGUGCCCCUGGCUGGAACAAACGGAGAGACCACCACCCAGGGUCUGGAUGGGCUGUCUGAGCGCUGCGCCCAGUACAAGAAGGACGGCGCAGACUUCGCCAAGUGGCGCUCCGUGCUGAAGAUCAGCGACACCACGCCGUCUGAGCUGGCCAUCCAGGAGAAUGCUAAUGUGCUGGCACGAUAUGCUAGCAUCUGCCAGCAGAAUGGCAUCGUUCCAAUUGUGGAGCCUGAGAUUCUUCCCGAUGGAGAGCAUGACCUGAAGCGCUGCCAGUAUGUGACUGAGAAGGUCCUAGCUGCUGUGUACAAGGCUCUGUCAGACCACCACGUGUACCUGGAGGGGACGCUGCUGAAACCCAACAUGGUCACAGCCGGACACUCCUGCCCCUCCAAGUACAGCAGCGAGGAAAUCGCCAUGGCUACCGUCACUGCUCUGCGCCGCACCGUGCCCCCUGCAGUCCCCGGAGUUACAUUCCUGUCUGGUGGCCAGUCCGAAGAAGAGGCCAGCGUGAACCUUAACGCCAUGAACAACUGCCAGCUCGCCAGGCCCUGGGCCCUGACCUUCUCCUACGGCCGCGCCCUGCAGGCCUCCGCCCUCGCCGCCUGGAAAGGAGAGCUGAACAACGAGAAGGCCGCCACCGAGGAGUUCAUCAAGCGCGCUCAGGCCAACGGUCUGGCUGCCCUCGGCAAGUACGAGUCUUCUGGAACCGCCGGCGCCGCAGGAAAAUCCCUCUACGUGGCUAACCACGCCUACUAAACAUGAAACGACCACACACAACUGUGGCCUAGUCAUAGUCUUAUAUCUGCUCUGCUAUUCCCCCUCACUCCUCCAUCAGUCACAGGCCUGCGCUGUCUGCUGUACUUUAGAGUCAUCAGAGUUAUAUUAAAAUUAUUAGAUAUAUGUAUUUAAAAACAAUGUGAAACCACGAUACUAAAGGGAACAGGCUUGGGUUUUUAUUUACUAUUUGAUCAAUCAAAACGGUUUUUGAGACAAUUAAUGACUGAAUUGGAAACGUUAACGGUAGCUCAAGAUAAUCAGUCAGUAUUCAUUUCAUGCCUCUUCUUAUGUCUCCACAUCAGGUGCGUUCUUCCUUUCUCCCUCACAUGACAAAUCUCCAACCGCUCGCUCGCAGGCCAGAUCAGCAUGUGUGUGUGUCGGUGUUUCGCUUCUGUCAGAACACAAUGUUAAAUCGCUGUACUAACAUCCGCACCGACCGUGGGACCAGCUGAUUAUUAGUGGCAUCGGUACAUCUGUAAACGAAAAGCAAAAUGACCAACAGAGUGAUAAUGUUGAACUGAGUAGACAUUGUGGAGUUCUCGUUGUACUUUCAGACAGCUUUAGCUCCAGCAGAGGUCAGUAGACACACUGUAGUGUAACAAACCACUACACACCCGGACUCCUCCGAAUGAUUCCUAAUAAUCUUUCUGUUCUAUUCCUUCUUAUCUCCAUUAUUAUGAACUAAACAUCGUGUGUGUCUGUUCUCAGUAUAACAUUAGCUUUAAAUUACAUACGGUAAAUAAUGUGUUCAUUUGUGUGAAGGUGUCAAUAUUGUGUGAUGCUUGUGUGUCACCCCCGCCCCACCCCCCUGAUUCACCCUGCCUACCCCACGAAAAAAAAAAAAAAAUGAGCUGAGUUUCUGUCGACCUACACAUAAAACGGACCAACACGUGGGGUUGGCAGCGGGGAAACAGUCACUGCUGUGUUGGGACUCUGUGACGUUUGUGAUGUUAAUAUUGUUCUCGAAGCACUCGGUGUGUCAAAUAGUGGAGAAAAAUAAACUUUAAAAAAACUA